AUGGAUUCUUAUACAUGCCACGCCCUCUAUCCUAUUGAGGAGGAGAUUACCCCGCAAGACCACCAGAUACUGCAGAACGGGGGCACUUCCUCAAACAUAGAGCGUCUCCAAUCGCGCCUCCAGCAGUCAAAGCUCCCUCCACGAAGCUUGAAGAAACGAGUUGAAGACCUGGCGUACGAAAACAGCUACCUAAAAGCCGAGCUUGCCUGGCAUACAGAAACCAAGCAUGCUCUGCUUCAAUUUCGGGAAGAAAUGUACACCAUGUUCCACAGAAUGGAAGACGCUCUGGUGGAGCUUAAGAACUGUCUUCGGAAUGCUGAAUCUCGUUAUCUCAGCUUUUGGGGCCUUGACGUUUGCGAUAAUGAUUAUAUACGCGGGGCUGGAUAA